AUGGGUAGUGGAAAAUGUCAUUCUUUGGCCUUCCUCAGAACUUUCCCACCAUCCACACACGAAAUAGAGACCUUUACUUCCACAAAACAAGACCCAGAUGCCAAUUCGAACCCACCAACAUUCCCCUCAACUUCUCCGUCGCACCCUCCUCAACAACAAACCGAUGUCGUUCCCAACAGUCACAUGAAACUAUCCUCACACGUUGGAAAUGAAUUUGCACCAUUUGGUCAACAUGGAUUCAAUAGUGUAAUCUCGUCAAACAACAUGAUCACUCAAUAUAUCCGAUGUGGGGAUUUAGAUUCAGCCAUUAGGAUCUUUGAAAAAAUGACAGUUAGAACUACAGUUACUUGGAAUUCAAUCUUGGCCGGGUUUUCUAAGAAGCCAGGGAGAGUUGACGAAGCCCGCCGACUGUUUGAUAGUAUUCCUGAACCGGACACUGUAUCAUAUAAUAUAAUGCUAGCUUGUUAUUCAAGCAAUGGCAAUAUGGAGGUUGCUAAGAAUUUCUUUGAUCAAAUGCCCACUAAAGAUAUUCCGUCUUGGAAUACUUUGAUUUCAGGAUUUUCUCAAAAUGGAAUGAUGGAUGAAGCCAGAGAGUUGUUUUUGGCAGUGCCAGAGAGGAAUAGUGUGACAUGGAAUGCUAUGAUAUCGGGUUUUGUGGAGUCGGGAGAUUUGGAAUCAGCAUUAAAGUUGUUUAAGUUAGCUCCUCUAAAGAGUGUGGUUGCAUGGACAGCAAUGAUAAGUGGGUAUAUGAGAUUUGGAAAGGUUCAAAUCGCCGAAAAACUGUUUGGGGAGAUGGUGGUGAAAAAUUUGGUGACAUGGAACUCUAUGAUAGCAGGUUAUGUUGAAAAUAACCGAGGGGAGGAUGCUCUGAAGCUUUUUAAGGUGAUGGUUGAGUUGAAGAUCAGGCCAAAUUCAUCAAGCCUGAGUAGUGUUCUACUUGGUUGUAGUAAUUUAUCUGCAUUGAAGUUGGGCAAGCAAGUUCAUCAGCUUGUAUGUAAAUCUUCGUUGCAUUCAGAUACAACAGUGGGUACUUCUUUAAUAAGCAUGUAUUGUAAGUGUGGGGACUUGGAGGCUGCAUUGAAAUUGUUUCUUGAGAUGGCGCGUAGAGAUGUGGUUACUUGGAAUGCAAUGAUUUCUGGGUACGCUCAACAUGGGGCAGGAGAAAAGGCUCUUCAUUUGUUUGAUGAGAUGAGAAAUGAAGGAAUCAGACCAGAUUGGAUUACCUUUGUUGGAGUUUUAUUGGCUUGUAACCAUGCGGGAUUAGUCAAUCUUGGGAUUCAAUAUUUUGAUAAGAUGCAGGAGGAUUAUGGAGUUAAAGUCAAACCAGAUCAUUAUACUUGUAUGGUCGACCUUCUUGGCCGAGCUGGUAAGCUAGUUGAAGCCAUUGAUUUGAUAAAGAAGAUGCCUUUCAAACCUCAUGCCCCCAUAUUUGGAACCCUCCUAGGUGCUUGUAGGAUUCACAAGAACUUAGAGCUGGCUGAGUUUGCUGCCAAGAAUUUACUUGAUUGUGACCCUACGAGUGCAGCUGGUUAUGUUCAACUUGCUAAUGUUUAUGCAGCAAUGAAGAGAUGGGACCAUGUCUCUUGGGUUCGAAGGACAAUGAAGAACAACAAGGUGAUUAAAACACCCGGAUAUAGCUGGAUUGAGGAAAAGAGUGUGGUUCAUGAGUUCAGAUCAGGAGAUAGGAUUCACCCAGAACUGGCAUCAAUACAUGAAAAAUUGCAUGAAUUGGAGAGGAAAAUGAAGUUGGCAGGAUAUGUACCCAAUCUUGAAUAUGCGUUGCAUGAUGUGGGAGAGGUGCAGAAAGAGCAGCUUCUGUUAUGGCACAGUGAGAAACUCGCAAUUGCCUUUGGGCUAAUUAGAAUGCCGGUGGGGACACCAAUUCGGGUAUUUAAGAACCUGAGAAUUUGUGGGGAUUGCCACCAAGCGACAAAAUUUAUAUCAGCAAUUGAAGGGACGGAAAUCAUUGUGAGAGAUACUACAAGGUUUCAUCAUUUCACAAAUGGCAUAUGCUCUUGUGGAGAUUAUUGGUGACCCUUAAAAAAAAAAGAUUCUCUAAAGAGGUCUUUUGUGGUAGGGGUUGGGGGAAUAGAUUGCCUUGAGAAUUUCAUUUCAUUUAACAUUGUUACAGAAGAGGAUAAUGUGAAUUGAAAUGAGGAUUCAUCAUACCGGAGAGAGGAUACUUAAUAUCAUAGGUACUCAAAGUUCUACAUAGGUCUGUUGAUUUUAGUUUCCACUUCAGCCUCAUUAGCUGAUCCAUGCUUCUGAGUGCUUAUAUUCUAUUACUACAUUUGGCAACCGAUAAGUCUUUGCUCUUUGACAAUAGAGGGGACAGGUUGUAUGUCACAUGUUCAGGUUGUGUGUUACAAGUUCAGAACUGAGCCCCUUUCUAAAAAGUCAGGCAGGUAAUCAAUCCCCCGGGGUUGGGAGUGUUUGCAGUUGCCCUCAUGGAAUUGAAGAGAAAACUGAGCCCACAAAAUCUUUCACUGUUUUUCCUUCAAUAUGGCGAAGUUUCCAUGUUGCGCAAGUAAAAAGUCCCCCUAUGUGGCCGUAAGUAAAUCCAUGCCAUUACUUUUACUUUUAUUUCCAUUUAUUGGUUUCCUUGUGUAUAAU